AUGUCGCAAAAACAGCUCGCCCGCGACAUGCAGACGGAGUUCCAGGCUCGGUUUCACGCCAAGCAGGCCCGUCGCGAGUCACAGAAGGCAGCCAAGCAGGACGGCGAGCUGCGGAAACAGAUCCAGAAUCUCCUCAAAAAAGGGGAAACCCAGCAGGCAGCCCAGAAGGCACGGAUGCUGCUAGCCAAGCAAGCCAUCGCCACGCAGAUGGACCAGGCGGCCGACAUGGCCGAGUUAUCGGUGGCACAGAUCCAAGCCAACAACGCGAUGAACCGGAUGACGGCCAUGAUGCAGCAGUCGUCGCGCACGAUGAGCCGGGCGCAGCGCAGCGUCAACCCGGAGCGCACGUUGGUGGCCUUGGAGCAGUACCGGACGCAGAACGAGGACUACGCCAUGUCCAACAGCAUCUACACCGACGCCAUGACUCAGAACACGUCUGUCCAGGUGUCCGACGACGCCGUCCACGAGCUUCUGGGCAAGCUGGCCGACGAUGCCGGCGUUGAGCUGUCGCAGGAGCUCAACUCAGCCCAGGUCAGCAAGACGGAGCCGGUGCGCGAGCCGGCCGCUGCCGAGCCGACGGCCGAGGAGGAGGAUGCCUUGCAGCAGCGGUUGAGGGCAUUGAGGGCGUGA